UACAUGGCGGCAGAAGAGACAGAGCAAGGCAGGGAAAUGUCACACUUUUAAACCAAAAGCUCUCAUAAGAAGUCACUCAUUAUCACAAGAAGAGCAAGGGAGAAAUCCACUCCAUGAUCCAAUCAUCUCCCACCAGACCCCUCCUCUGAUACGUGGGGAUUACAAUUUGAGAUGAGAUUUGGGUGGGGACAUAGAGCCAACCCACAUCAAUGCACUCUCAUGAGGAGGUAAAGAAAAUCAAGGUUAUGGAUUGGUGGGAUGCCCAAGGAAGCAGAAAGAGGGGAAAACCUAAUUAGAGAAGAGAAAGGACUUCAAAAUGCCAUAUUUAGCAAAUAAAAAUACAGGAUGCCCAGUUAAAUGCUGCCAGGGUCAUACUUAUACUAAAAAAAUUAUUAACUUCUUAUAUGAAAUUCAAAUUUAAGUGGGCAUACAAAAUCUAAUCUGGCAACCCUUGGAACUUCAAAUACAAAAAAGUGGGGGUGGGGAUGCAAAAACCUCAGGAACGUGUGGCAUAAUGAAACUACGGAAAGAGACAAUUGUUCAGUGGUAGUAGCAAAUGGUGUCAAAUGACAAAAUGAUGUUAAGGAUCACCAAAAAUUUGGAAAGGUCACUGAUAACCUUUAAAACAUUCUAGUACUUAUUUGAACAAUUCUACAGACGAUUAAUUCCUAGGCUUGAGUUACUGUUACUUUCUUAACUUAUUGAGUCCUGAUUAAAUUAUUUUACCAAAAUUGUCUAAAAGAUGAUAACUCUGUUGCCCACUCAGAGAAAAGGAAAUGUUAAGUACUGCAAAUCCUCCUCUUCCUACUGGAGGAAGGUUAACAUUUCUCACAAAACUGAAAGCUAUCAAAAAACUGGUUUUCUACAUUAAUAUAUGCAUUUUCACAUGACCAUUUAAAAUCUUCAAGAAAUGUCUUCUCUCUUUUCUCUAAAGAAUACAAAUUGCUUAGGGUCAUUCCAUGAACUCAAUCAGGCCUACAGUAAUUAAAAAGAACACAAAUUUCUACAUGUUUCUUUCCAUGAAAUUUUAAAAAAAUCUCCAAAGGGAAAUGUAAAACACAAAUUGCAGUUAGUAAACAUGAGUUACCUAAAAUAGGCAUUUCAUUUGCAGAAAUGUGUCAAUGUGCAUAUUUAUGUGCAUGUAAACAGAAAGGAACUGUAACCUGGAAAUAUUAGCAUUAAAGAACACUUGCUAGAUACCUUCUGGAUCACAUAUGCAUAACAAAUUAUGUCAGUUACUUCACUGUAAACAAAGAAAAAUAAACAUUCUUCAUUUAAAAAGUCUAGAGGUUUGAAAAUUUCAGUUCUUGACUGUCAUCUCAAAUCUGCUUUUGUAUUAUACUUCAUCUCUGAAAUAGAAAAGGCUAUGUAUUGCUCUCCAAUGACACAUAAAGUUUCCAGUAACAACUCCACGCACAGACCACAACAAUAUAACACUGUACUUAAAGAAUUUGCCUAGAUGCUUUAUGAAGCCCAAAAGCAAUACACGGGUUUAUCAAAUCACUUAAAAAAAAUGCCCAUAUAUUUCUCAAGUCAUAUUUUUACUCCAAAUACAGCAAAUAUGUAUAUUAUGGCAGCAAAUAAAAAGUUUCAGUAACAAAUUUUAUAUACAUAUAUGUAUACACACACACACACACACACACACAGAGAAAAUAUUGGUCAUUUGCUCUUUGUGGGUUUUAAGACUUUGUUUUAUGGAAAACAUUUCAGAUUAAUGAACGUUUUACUUAAAGAAGGCAGAACUUCCUAUUAAACACUGCAAAUUCAAUGCCAGUAAUUUUCCAUAACAUACAUAAAUUUCAAAGUUGAGAGGAAAUUAUUCCUAAUAAACCAAAUUUACUAUAACUCAUUGCUUAUUCAGAAUAUUUUUGACUUCAUUUUUAAUAGUUUCAGUAAAUCUGAAAUUAUAAUAGCAUGGGCUUAUUGGCCAAGUAUUUUCCAUAAGCUAUUAGUGAGGCAGAAAUCUUCUGGGAAUAUAAGAAGUAUCUAGAAGUACAGUUAUUCAAGUUGUAGCUAAACUGCCAGUGAUUCCCCAAUUCUGAAAAUAUUUAAGCAUCCAUACGCAAACAAAUGUGUGUGGUUGGCAGUUGAACUUUCAUGUUUUCUCAUUUUCAGUUUGAUUUAGCUCUCCCGAUAAGGUAACAACUUAAAAAUAUUUUCUUUUGCACUAAUUUUUCCAUCACGUGUGAUGUAAAUAAGUUCCACUAUAUUAAUUGCCUAUGAAACAGCAAAAUGUUUAAUAUCUGGUUAAUCCAUUUUUCCAGGAUUUAAUUGGUUAUGUGUGAAUCACUGCCAGACAAGUUUUGAUUGUUUUCUAACACAUUCACAGUUACGCUAGAGAGGACUGUGUGCAUUUGACUAAGAAAGGAAAUCUGCAGCAGGAGUUGGGGUACUGGUCUGCAGCUCCUGGCCAAUCAACUAGCAAAUCACUUUAGAGUUAAGUCUUAACCUCUAUAAUCCUGCCUCUGGGAAGCGGCACUUCCUAGUGUUAAGAGCUGUGCUUCAAAAGUCAGAUGGACUUAGGUAUGAUUCUGUCUGAUAAUCAAUUCUGUGGGUUUACAGUCUGCUGGUUAGAAAGGGUAGAUGGUGGGAGAUUGGUUCCCUUACCCACCAUGAACCAUCUGGAAUAACCCAAAUGUGUUAACAUAAAACAGGCAGAGGAGAAGAGCUACUCCAGAUCCAAAUCAACCCUGGAAGUCCCUGAGAGAGUAGAAAUGUUGAACUGCUUCCUAAUGGCUUACAAUCUUACAAUUUAAUUAAAGGCAUUUAGAAAGUAACAACAGAGACAACCACUUACUAAGUGACUACUAUGCAUUUAGAACUUUAAAAAAAUAUUACACAGGUCAUUCUAAAUAAGUCAGCUCCACCAAUCUACUGUUCAUCAUAGAAACUGGAUCAAUUCUUAAAACAAACAAACAAAAAACCCUACAGAAAAACUAAUCUCAGUCUGUAUUAAGAAAAUUUUAUAAUCCUAAAUACUUUUAUGAAACCAAGUUAGCAUCAUUAAAACUGACCCCUGCUGCUGAUUCCUGCCCAUUCCAGUCUGAAACUUUAGGACAAAAAGGAAAGAGUGUCAAGCUCACAGAUAACAGAACCACUGCCAAGUUCUGGCUUAUUAUUUUCUUUAAUUGUUUUUCUUGGGUCCUGUUCAAGUUGCUAGGGUUUUUAAAAGUACGAUUAUCAAUUCGAUUCUUACGGGUAUACUCAGGGAAUUGACUGAAAUGGCAUGUGUCCAAAAUAUAUAAAUGACCCAUACUAAAAUUUCCCUUAACUCUCUACUUCUACACUUUUCCCAUAAUAUACUAUAUGGCACAUUUUUCCCACAUAUGCUAUUAAUUUUCCUUUUAUAAAAUUAAAAUAGGAAUUAUCUGAUGGUCUUUUGAAGAGUUCCACCACAUUCCAAAAUGUCAGGAGAAAAUAUAAAAUACAUAGAGAUCUGAAUGACGUGGUUUUUUUUUUGGCGCUUCACACCAAGAUCAGAUAUAAUCUGCGGUGAGAGCUGUAUUUUAAAGAAGUGAUUCACUGCCAGAUCUCUGAACAUCUUCUCUACAGUGAUGACUCAUACGACUUUCACUCCUGAUCUUGGUAGUUCAAACUACCUACUCUCUCUAGGACUCAGUUGUUCUCUUGUAAAAUGGUGGGAACAGAUUACAUCAUCACUAAUGCUCUUUUCAGCUUUUAUAUCCUCAGAUUCAGUGAUUUACUGGGAUAAAUGGUUAUCACCUCAGUUUCCGUACAUAUCACAUGAAUUCAGUCACUUUGGACCUAAAACUGUAGCCACUUCUGACUUCCCUGUUUCUGUAUGCAAUCCUAUCAACCUCAAACUCACCCUCGCUGAAGAUACUCAAAUCUUUCUCAGAAUUUACUAAUAUCCCUGAACUGGACAGUCUUCAAUAUCUUGUUCUAUCUCCUCUUUCCCAGGAUGACAUUUUCUUACAGAUCCCUGGGUCUCCUGACCAAUCAUCUCAAAUUCCCUGGCAACAUUAAUGAUCCAGUGUCAAUAAUUAAACUCAUGCCCAAAGAACAAAAGGAACAGUAACAAACAACAAGUAUAAAGAAAAUAAGUCUUGAUGGCCAGUCCUGGUGUCUGAGUGAUUCCCAGGGCCCAGCAAAGGGACCAAGUCUCCAAAGCCCUGAAGACAAGGGGUAACACACCAAAAUAUGGACUCAUUUUCCACUCCACCUUCAUUGGCCGAGCAGCUGCCAAGAACAAAGGCCGCAUCUCCUGAUACCUGGCAAACAAAUGCAGUACUGCCUCACGAAUCGAUUGCUUCUCUGAGGUGCCCACGAGUGUAUUUGGGGAGAAGCUUCGAGAACAAGUUGAAGAGCGACUGUCCUUCUAUGAGACUGGAGAGAUACCACGAAAGAAUCUGGAUGUCAUGAAGGAAGCAAUGGUUCAGGCAGAGGAAGUGGCUGCUGAGAUUACUAGGAAGCUGGAGAAACAGGAGAAGAAAUGCUUAAAGAAGGAAAAGAAACAGCUGGCUGCACUUGCCCUCGCAUCUUCAGAAAACAGCAGUAGUACUCCAGAGGAGUGUGAGGAGACGAGUGAAAAACCCAAAAAGAAGAAAAAGCAAAAGCCCCAGGAGGUUCCUCAGGAGAAUGGAAUGGAAGACCCAUCUAUCUCUUUCUCCAAACCCAAGAAAAAGAAAUCUUUUUCCAAGGAGGAGUUGAUGAGUAGUGAUCUUGAAGAGACCGCUGGCAGCACCAGUCUUCCCAAGAGGAAGAAGUCUUCACCCCAGGAGGAAACAGUUAAUGACCCUGAAGAGGCAGGCCACAGAGGUGGCUCCAAGAAAAAGAGGAAAUUCUCCAAAGAGGAGCCAGUCAGCAGUGGGCCUGAAGAGGCAGCUGGCAAGAGCAGCUCCAAGAAGAAGAAAAAGUUCCAUAAAGCAUCCCAGGAAGAUUAGAAUGCAAACGGACAUUCUCUGGGAGGUGGGAUAUACCAUAGCCCAAGGUGACAUCUUCCACACUGUGCCCUGUUCUCCAAUAAAAACAAAUUCACAAAAAAAAAAAAA